UACAUUAUUUAUAACUCUGUGCGAGACCCUAUUAUACUUAUAUGCGUAUUAUUACUUAAGAAUUUAUGACCGCUCAGGUAGAUUUAUCGGCAGUGCCUAAAAAUUCAAAUAACAGGUUCUAGGUCAGUCGAGUUAUUAACGCUGUUUUUUACAUUGUCAUGUAUUUAUUACGGAUGAAAUAGGUUCAUGUAAAUUCACCAUAAACCAAUCUGAGAGAAUCAACGUUAAUGUUUUUGGAAACCCUUUCAAGUUGUAUCAAAGGCAAUUCAUAGCAACGUAACUAGACAGUUUGUUUGCAUUUCGUUGCCAGGAAAUAAGCAGCAAACUGAAGUCUAACACUACUGAUUGUACACUACGGUUUCGUCUGCUGUUUAUGACUCUUUAACACUAGAGGAGGAUUUUGGGGUCUGGGGUCUUUCUGAAGCUUACUUCAAUAAAAAUGACUACCGGUAAUAAAGACGUUGUCACACUAAAUGUUGGGGGGCAGAAAUUUACAACCUUAGUGUCAACACUGAGAAGAUUUUCCGACUCUAAACUAGCACGCAUGUUAGACGGAAGUGACCCAGAAUUUAGAGUAGUGAAUGGUCAAUUUUUCGUGGAUAGAGAUGGGAGUUUAUUUAAGUAUAUCCUGGACUACCUAAGGACUCGCCAAGUCUUCCUGCCUCCUGAUUUCUUUGAUUACGAAGGUUUGACACGUGAAGCUGAGUUCUAUGAAAUACGUGUACUGGUGGAUUACCUAAGCAAAGACAGUAUUCGACAAAGACUGGAGAUCCUGGAGGUUCGAUUUUCCCUUCAAGACACUCACUCGUUCUUCAGAAUCUUCUGUUCAUACAGCAGUACCAUCGAGAUGCUAGCUGCGAGGAUAUGCGUGUUUGCAGAACAGGUAUCGACGAACUGGAAUUAUGCAAACCAACCUCAAAAACCAAUGGCUCCCGUUCCACUGCAGAGACCUUCACAUCACGACCUUGUGUUCCACUGUGGCACAAACUACUCGGCUGGAGAAGAGUUUGCUGCCCGGUAUGUAACGAUUCAACCAGACGACAGGAAACUCAUUAAUGGCACCAAUGUACUGGGCUUGCUAGUAGAUAUACUACUAAAGGAAGGAUUCCGUCUCAUAGGCACACGAACGGUUUCUUCAGAAGAAAAGGUGGAGUGUUACACAUUUGAAAGAAUCAAAAGGCCACAGAUCCUGACCUUUAACGAUGGGCUCAGAACAGAACACGCUAAUCAUCAAACAAAACACGGCAAAACUCAAAGAAAAUGAAGACAACACAAUCAGUUGCAUGUAAAACAAGGAAAAGGGGAUAGCAGUUAAACACUUGAUGAAAUAUUUGUUGAAAGUUUAAAAAACACUUUAUUUGUGGUAAUUUUACCCUGAAGGUAGCGACACAUUGGUACCCUCAAAAACAGCCAAAAUGCAGUUUCUGCAAUUGUACAUAAAUAAGGGUCCAUUAUGUUGUCUAUGUAACGUUAUAUUUUAUUUAUGGUCAACACCUGAACAUUCAAUCUUGUGAUUUAUAAUUAUAAAUGUACAGGGAAACACCGAAAACAAUUAAGCCAUCCUUCUAAAGGCCACUGAGAAAACAGCAUGCUGGCCUAAGUAAUGUCAAGCACAGUUUAUGUUUUGAUCAAGUUACUUAAAAAAAAAUAAAAAUAAAAAUACGUGUUUACUCUAGAAAAACACACCUAUUGCAGUAAAGUGUCCUUUUAACCUUUAACUUCCACUCCAUCAGUUAACCCUAAUUGCUGUACUUAACUGUUCUUUUCGUAUCUAUCCAUCUAUUGCACAUUUAUAAGACUGACUCUUUAAAAAUAUAUAUUUUGUAUGUCUGAAACACUUAAUGAUGUAUGAAUAAAAAUAACUGCAAAAAUAAAAUGUUAACUUGUCAAAAGAAGUCUUUGAACCACAGGGUUUGCUUGGCAACUUUACUAGUGAUUUUAUGUUCCUGAAAAAAAAACACUUUCGUUGGCAAUCCAGUCAUACAUUCACCAUCCACUAGGGGGAGGCCAUCACAGAACCAUCAAUUGAAUCCAGACAAAAUGCUCAAAAGGAAAGGUUUGCUUUUUUUUUUUUUUUUUUUUUUUUUUUUUUUUUAAGUACACCUUUAUUUAAAAAUAAUAUAAAUAAAAUGUCGGUAUAUUUUAUAGCCAUACUAAUUAGACAACCAUUCUGUUUUUUAACCGAACAAUCGCAUGACAGUUCAAAUAAUCUGGUGCGCCACGUAAGUUUCUCUAAUACGUACUGGGCCUCGUUGUUCAGUAUCUCUGGCGCAAAAAUAAGAGAUUUUAAAACACUGGGUAAUAGUACAAUUCCUCUUAACUCUCGUAACUUUUGGAUAAAUUGCAUGUAAACGCCACAGAACAUAUAGAGUUGGAUUAUAUAUAAGCAGGUGAGAAAUCUGUACAUGUAUGGAAUAUUCAAAUAGCAGCGUCAUGGUUAUUUACAGGUGGCUAAUAUUAAUAAACCUGAGCCAGAAGUGACGUUAUGCACACGCACUUGUCAUUCUAGUUAUCCAGUUAAAUUGCUGGGUUUAGUAGUUAUUUCACAAUAAAGUAACACCAGCCAACAACGCAAACAUAUUUUUAAUAGCACAUAUGACCCAUUUACAGUACUACGUAAUAUGUACAUACUUAUGUAAAGGUAUAGUAUGUUCCCACCUGUGUACCAGACAUCCAGCAUAUAUAAAUAAAAGCGACAUGGCGGAAAUCAAAACAAACAUGCACAUCAACCCAUUUCUGGGUUUUUGGAUACAAAAUGUUUAUAUUACCAAUAUUGGUGUAACAAAAACAAUGCUGAAAACAUCUGUCUUAAAUAUUAAG